GCCUCACCGUACCUCUCUCUCUCCCAAAAAGGCAAAGCGGAAAGGAAGCAGCAAGAGAGAGAAUCACGAGGGUGGAGUAACAACCAGGAGAGAGAAACCGGAGCGCGAGAGCCUCCCCCUGCGCUGCCGGCUCCUCCCCUGCUCUGCUCUGCCCCUGCUCCGGCCGGUCGGCUGCAGGAGCAGCUGCUGUCCCCUGCGCCGCCCUGACCUGCCCUGAGCAGCCACCAACCACCGCCGCGGUUGCCUGUCCCCCUCGCCGCCUCCGAUCCACCUCGCCUCCGGGGAUCACCGAUCCGCGCUCCCGCACCCGACCCUAUAUAUAACCCCCACGCCACCACCCCUGCCCGCGCGCCGAACCUUCCAGAACCCCACCCACCUCCCUCCGGCAGAUUCUCCCCAUCCUCCCUGUAAGAUGGCCGUGGUAGAGACCUCCGCCGCCCCCGCCGCCGCCGACCACGCCGCGCCGAACCGCGCGCCGUCCUCCGACGGCGCCGACGCCGGGGAGCGCGAGAUGCGGGAUCUGGAGGAGCUCCUCUCCAAGCUCAACCCCAUGGCCGAGGAGUUCGUGCCGCCCUCCCUCGCCGCGCACCCCGUCCCGCCCCCGCCCCACCCGCUAUACGCCGCCGGAUACUACCCCAACGCCGGAUUCGCGCCGCCCAUCGCCUCGCCGGGCCACCGCGGGGUCGUCGGCUUCCCCGCCGCCGACGGCUUCGCCGGCCGCGGCGGAAGGAAGAAGUUUGGAGGGUACGGCGGCCCCGGCGGCGGCGGCGGUUACCCCCACGGGGGCAAGCGCCGGGUCAACAGCCGCACCGGCCAGGCGCAGCGCGACGAGGUCAUCCGCCGGACCGUCUACGUCUCCGACAUCGAUCAUCAGGUCACUGAAGAGCAACUAGCUGCACUAUUUAUCAACGUGGGGCAGGUUGUGGACUGCCGCAUGUGUGGGGAUCCAAAUUCAGUUCUCCGCUUUGCUUUCAUAGAGUUUACUGAUGAGGAGGGUGCAAGGGCUGCUCUGAGUCUGUCAGGAACUGUUCUUGGAUAUUAUCCUGUCAGGGUUUUGCCAUCAAAAACUGCUAUUGCACCAGUCAAUCCAACUUUUCUGCCAAGGUCUGACGAUGAGCGUGAGAUGUGUGCAAGGACUAUUUACUGCACAAACAUUGACAAGAAGGUCUCUCAGGCAGAUGUGAAAUUAUUCUUCGAAUCAAUAUGUGGAGAGGUCUAUAGGCUGAGGUUGCUCGGGGACUACCAGCAUAAUACUCGGAUUGCCUUCGUGGAGUUUGUUAUGGCUGAAAGUGCUACAGCUGCUCUCAACUGCAGUGGUGUGAUACUAGGUUCCUUGCCAAUAAGGGUGAGUCCGUCUAAGACCCCCGUGCGUCCCCGCGCACCUCGGCCGGGGAUGAACUAGAUGUUGUAGGUACAGGAGGUGCUGAUGGCACUGCUUAUAUAUAGAGAUCGACAUAUGUGAAAGAGAAAUUAAGAUAUGUCUUUUCUUCUCCGCUCGACUUUCAUUUUAUUGUACCCUCUAUAUGCGGAGCAGAGGGGAAAUAGAAAAAUCAGAGAAACGGGUCGUCGGUGUUUACCUUUUGCACAUAGAGCUUCUUAGAAGCGGGCUUGAACUUCUUGUCCUUCAUGCAGCAAGGGAAAACUCCUGGACGUGUCUUUGUUCAGUUGUUUGCUGUGUCUUAUUUGCUACUAACUGGAAAGUUGUAGCAAGUCGCUACCUGCAAAAUGAUGAGCACUUGCCAUUA